AUGACCUUCUUAAAAACAUCUUUUAAGGCACAAUACGACACGAGUCAGAAAAUGGAUUCAGAUCCUUCAACUGACUGGCCUCACAUGCUCCCUUUUAAUGGCACAUACAAGUACCUGCACUGGGAAGGCAAUGUCUCCUAUGUCGACUUCUACCUUCACCAGCCCUCAGUGGCAGCUGUCUUCAUCAUCUCUUAUCUCCUCAUCUUCCUGCUCUGUAUGGUCGGCAACGGAGUGGUUUGCUUUAUCGUUCUGAGGAGCAAACACAUGCGUACAGUCACAAACCUUUUCAUCUUAAACUUGGCGGUCAGUGAUUUACUGGUGGGAAUCUUCUGCAUGCCCACAACUCUCCUGGACAACAUCAUUGCAGGAUGGCCGUUUGGGAGCAUGGUUUGCAAGACGAGCGGGAUGGUCCAAGGAAUCUCUGUCUCGGCCUCUGUCUUCACCCUAGUUGCGAUUGCUGUAGACAGGUUCCGAUGCAUCGUUUAUCCUUUUAAGCAGAAGUUGACCACUUCAACUGCAGCUUUCAUCAUAGCAGUCAUCUGGACUCUGGCUGUGGCAAUCAUGUGUCCCUCUGCAGUCAUGUUGCAGGUGCGAGAAGAGAAGCAUUUCAGGGUGAUCCUUGGCUCUGGCAAUGAAACCCGCCCUGUGUACUGGUGCCGGGAGGACUGGCCUGAUCCAGGAAUGAGGAAGAUCUACACGACAGUUCUGUUUGCCAACAUCUAUCUGGCUCCCCUGUCGCUCAUUGUUAUCAUGUACACGAGAAUAGGCAUUACCCUCUUCAACACGGCAAUGCCCGUACUGGGAAAACACAGCCAGAAGCAGCGGCACUUCGUGUCCAAGAAGAAGCAAAAAGUAAUCAAAAUGCUCAUUAUGGUGGCUUUGCUUUUCAUCCUGUCCUGGCUUCCUCUGUGGACUCUGAUGAUGCUCUCAGACUACGCUAACCUGUCAGAUGUCCAGCUGCAGAUCAUCAACAUUUACGUCUAUCCCUUUGCUCACUGGCUGGCCUUUUUCAACAGCAGCGUCAACCCCAUCAUCUAUGGUUUCUUCAAUGAAAACUUUCGCCGAGGUUUCCAGGCAGCUUUUAAACUCCAGCUCUGUUCUGGGGAAAGGAUUCACAAGGAGGUCUACUCUCAGCGAGGCCAAAGCAAUGCCAUUUUGCCAGCUGCCAACUACCAGACACCCCGGGACCAAGCUUGUCAAAAUGCUGACGAGGAGGAGAAGCCAGUUAGGAAAGGAAACUGGAGGAAUAAGCAGCAGGAUCUGAUGAUGGAGGAUCUAGAAGACCCUUCCAGCAACGGGGUUAAGUGAAACUUGCUCUGAACUAUCUAAAUGAUUUAUGCCUGGCAGAGUUUGUUUAUUGGGGUCGGAAAUUCAUACCUGUAAGACCUUCCGGACAAAACCAAAAUAUGCCGAUACGUCUCUGUUUAGAGCAAGACAGCCAACUUGCACAAUGUCUGAUCGUUUGAUACAAGCAGAAGCCACAUGCAGCCACCUUUGUCACCACUUUACAUCAGGAGCAUCUCCCCUGCUAUCAGCGCUGUCUCACUGCUCCCAGACUGGAAUGGAGCAAAGACCUCAUUAACAUGGAAUUACCUUCCAGUUACCCUGAGGCAAGAGGAAAAGAAAACUAUGAUUAUUGACUCAGACACAGUUACUGCUGAUACUCACUGUCAAAGAGGAGAACACUUGUCCAUUGGCUUUUAUGAACUUCCUGGAGCGAGUGAAACAGCGUUGCUCAAACAACAUUGAUGGAAAUGCCUCAGCACGCUCAGCAUGUUUUCUCAGUUUUCUUGUUGACAUGAAAACAUGACAGAGCUGUUUGUGGUCUCCACCUGGACUGCUGGGCUGCGUAGGGGAGGAAAUCAUGACUCUUGCCAGGGCCCCGAGCGCAUCCCCCACCUGG